AUGUCUCGAUACCUGCAAAAUAUCGAGCAGCAGCUCCAGCUGCAGGACCGUAAGGGUCUCCAUCGACGGGCACUUGACCACGGUAACUCCAUGGGCCGCUAUUAUCUCCGAAAAUCCAUGGGCGACACGAAAUACCACAUUGGAGAAGUCAGACCGGAAUCAUCGUAUCUCAUUGACCUUCUUCCGGCGAUUGCGUACGGCUCGAUGCCGACCAAUCCAGCCGUGCUUGACGUGCAGUCCAAGUUUGUCCAUUUAUCGCUGAACAAAGCAAAGCAUUCCAUCAAUACAGUGAAAUGGACACCUGAAGGUCGUAGACUUGUGGUGGCAUCUCAUUCAGGAGAAUUCACCGUGUGGAACGGCAUGACCUUUAAUUUUGAAACCAUCAUGCAGGCACACGACCUGGCGGUGCUUUCGUUGAAAUACAGCCACGACGAUGAGUGGCUUUUAUCGGGAGACCAGGACGGUUUGGUCAAGUACUGGCAACCCAACUUCAACAACGUCAACAUCGUGCAGGCACACACGGACGCCGUCAGAGAUAUAGCGUUUUCGCCCAAUGAUAGCAAGUUUUUGACGUGCCUGGACGACUCGCUGGCGAAGAUCUGGAGUUUCAAUAAUGCUAAAGAAGAAAGGACGCUUUCAGGCCAUCACUGGGAUAUCAAGUGCGCCGAUUGGCACCCGAACUUGGGUUUGGUUGUCACGGGAUCCAAGGAUAACUUGUUGAAGCUUUGGGACCCCCGUGUGGCCGAAUGUGUGACGACUUUGCAUGGAUUCAAGAACACGGUGAUGAAGACAAAGUUCCAAAAGGUCGGCACAAACCGCCUUUUGGCCUCUGUAUCUAGAGACCGCUCUUGCCGUGUCUUUGACUUACGAACCAUGUCUGACUUUGUCAUUAUCCGUGAUGCCGAAGCUGACCUCUCCAGUGUGGAAUGGCACCCUGUCCAUGCUGGGCUCCUUACUACUGGUGCCUACGACGGAUCCAUGGCACACUACAUCUUGGAUAAGUACAUCUCGCCUGAUCCUGAUAGCCGUGGAGGUGGUGUUGAUGCUGUGCAUAGAAUUCCUUAUGCUCACGAGAAGGCCAUCCACGCUUUGGAGUACCAUCCGCUAGGGCACAUUUUGUGUUCAGCGGGAAAUGACCGUUCUGCCAGAUUCUGGUCUCGUGCCAGGCCAAACGACCCUAGAGCAUUCAAGGAUCCACCAUACACCAACGAUAAGAAUGGUGCCUGGUACUACAGUGUGAAUAACAAUGUGAAUGCUGUGUUGGAGGACACGCCAGCCUCCUCUGUGGGUCAGGCAUACGCAAGCCAAGCCGAUGUUGUGCCGGGUUUGAGGAACUUGACCUCGAAUAUUCCCGGUCUUGGAGAGUCGUAG